GUGAGUUACGAGUUGUGUCCGGGUUCGCCGGCGUCAAUUGUAAACUACAAACUUUAGGUUUGUUUGCAACAGGUUUUUUUUUUGAAUUUAUGGGACAAUAAAAAGAGUUUGGGUGCGUGGUGCGCGUCUCCUUUUUUUUUCCUGAAUCGGAUCCCUCUUUUAGCAAAUUGUUCCUCGUCGCCCUAAAAGAGCGGUGGCUAUCAAACUCUCAUAAAACUGUCAGCCGUGAACCGCUGGGCUUGACUUAUAUGCUCGCCCCUUCCAGGUUUGGUCCCGUUCCUCGAAAACAGGAUUCAUGUGAUGAUCUUGACUUUGGAGAACAUGAAUGUUUGAGAAGAAGGUCUUCUAUUUUGAAGAAUGAUAUCUGAUAAUAAAUACUCUUUUGAUACUUUGAAGAAUCUCUUCUGAUACUUUAAAGAACCUCUUCUGAUACUUUGAAGAACGUCUUUUGAUAGUUUGGAGAACGCGUAUUUUUUGAUGAUUCCUCUUUGGUGAACUUGUUUAUUUUCUCUUCGGGGGGGAAAAGGGGGCGCGUGCGCGAUGAUCCAGGAUCAGAAAUAGCGGAAGACUGACGUUUAGACGGCUAAAGAAGAAAAAGACCCCUCCCCACCCUAAGCAAAAGGGAAUAUCUCUCCAUUAGCUAUCCCCACUCUUUUCGUAACACCCCUCUCAUCCCUUGUGUGACGGGAGCAGCAGCGACGGAAGAACGGGGUUGAAGAAUCCACCGCGGCAGCAAGAGAGACCAAUCAAGGUUUGACGAACGGCGGGGAUUGGUCGGUGUUCCUGACACGCAGCGCGGCACGUGACAGCUACCGCACCGGUUACGAGAACCGCGAGAACCGCGUUCAGUCCGAUACCACCUCCCUCCGUGUACGCACCGUCGAGGAUAUUCCUCUUUUCUUUAAUAGAAAGUUAAUCCACAAGAGUAGUGACCCUUUCGAUACGCCCCCGUGCCAUCUUGAAACGUUUUUUCUGCUAAUCAUCGUCGAGAGUCUUUCUCAAUGGGGCGCGCCAAUAGGCCCUCACGAUGGGUCCCGUAAGUAAUUUGUGGUCAUAAAGAAGCAGAAGACAGUUUUAUAGCCCUCGGCCCACGUGGCGCUCGGUCCCGGUAUUCAGCCUCUCUCUAUUACUCACCCAAAUAUCCUCGGCAGGGAUCAGGAUUUCAUUCUUAAGGAUUAUCGAAUCAUUUGUGAAUAUAAGUGAUAAUGCUCUCGAGUACUUAAAUUUUUUUUUUUUUUGUGAAUUGUGAUUGUGAGUGAAAGAGCGAAGAAUCAUUAAAAAAAAAAAUGAGUUCCUAUCAGUUUGUCAAUUCGCUCGCAUCUUGUUACGCGAAUCAACAACCCCAACAGCAACCACGGCCGACGCCAAAUUCACCUGGUGAACCAAUGCAAGCCGCCUCGCCUGCUGGUCCCGAUUAUUACAAUCCAAACGCAGCGACUAGCAGUUAUCCAACACCAUGCUAUUCCCCGCAACAUUAUCCUCAACAUCCGUACGCAACCCCUGCGGGUGGAAUGCAACAUCCCGCCCCAACGGGGAUGAUCGACUACACCCAACUUCAACCUCAAAGAUUAAACCCCGCGACAGCGAGUCAACACACUUUGCAUUCACAACAGUCGCAUCAUCAUAGUCAACAAAUGCAUGUCGAUCCCACUGCUCCAUUAUUGCAGGCGGCUUCCGCUGCUGCUGCAGCUGCAGCCGCAUCAUCAACGUCGAGUUGCAAAUACGCGGAUUCAACAUCCUCGACGAGUGUUGCGUCACCACAGGAUUUGACCACCUCAACAUCGAGGAAUAGUCCCACACCAAUGGGCACACCUGGUACCAGUAAAGGUGCAUCUGGUCUCACCUCACCACCGGGAAGUUCCUCCAGGUCAUCCGCAGCGGCUUCCGCAUCAUCGCCGCCGAGCGGUAGUUCCCGUGGUCUUGGCGAAGGUAGUUCCACAUUGACAAAUGCAUCGUCAGCAUCGUCACCUGCCAGUUCCACUUCCAGUACAUCGAGCACUGGAAACAAUUCGUCGAAUAAAAAUAAUUCAAGUGGAGGAAAUCCUCCGCAAAUUUAUCCCUGGAUGAAGAGGGUUCACAUCGGUCAAAGUACUGUAAACGCGAACGGUGAAACGAAGCGACAGAGGACGUCGUACACGAGGUAUCAGACCCUGGAGCUGGAAAAGGAGUUCCACUUCAACCGCUACCUGACGAGGAGAAGGCGCAUCGAGAUCGCACACGCCCUAUGCCUCACCGAGAGGCAGAUUAAAAUCUGGUUCCAAAAUCGGCGGAUGAAGUGGAAGAAGGAGCACAAGAUGGCGAGCAUGAAUAUUGUACCAUACCAUAUGUCGCCCUACGGUCAUCCCUACCAAUUUGCCCCGCAUCCCGGUCAGUUUGCCCAUUUGGCCACAUAGGACGAGUUCUCGCCCGCCGAGCUCGGAGCACACGCUGUCCGGUUUCCUGGGAUGUACGGCGAGCAGAAUUUCUAAACUUCAAAUAUAACUUCUAAAUCAAAAAGAAAAAAAAAAAAAAUGUUUCGAAAAAUAGAAUUCCGUCUCUCGAUUCUCAUCAUUUUUCAUUUUGUCUCAUACAAUAUUUAUUUCUAUCGCAUACUUUUCUUUGAGAAACAAAUAUUUAUCUCAAACAUUUCAGUAAA